AUGAAUUGCAUUGAAGAAAAGAAAAAAGGUGCUUUUUUUGUGGAUGGACCUGGUGGCACCGGGAAAUCUUUUCUUUAUAGAGCCUUGCUUGCGACUGUGCGUUCUAGAGGUUGUAUAGCCCUUGCUACUGCAACAUCCGGCAUUGUUGCAUCCAUAUUGCCUGGAGGCAGGACGACACAUUCUAGGUUUAAAAUUCUAAUAGAUUUGUCGGAUCUGAAAUUUUGCAGUAUUAGCAAACAGAGUUCUCUGGGGUCGCUCAUACGCGAGAGCAAGUUGAUCGUGUGGGAUGAGGCACCAAUGGCUAAAAAGGAUACCAUUGAGGCACUGAAUCUGGCGUUGAAGGACCUUUGUGGUUGUGAUGACCUCUUUGGUGGUAAGGUCGUAGUUUUUGGUGGUGAAUUUAGGCAGGUUCUACUUGUACUGCGUAGAGCCUCUAGAGAUGAAACAAUAGGUGCUUGUCUGAGUAGCUCAUACAUAUGGUCGUUGCUUACAAAACUGCAGCUCGUGGAAAACAUGCGCGCGCGUUUAGAUCCUUUAUUCACGGAGAUGCUUCUGAGAGUAGGAAAUGGACAGGAACGUACGUAUGAUGAGGACCUUAUUAAGAUACCGCCUUCAAUAGCUAUUUCAGAACCUCUGUCUGAGGCCUCCUUGGAUGAGCUAAUUAGAAUAAUUUAUCCAGAUUUGGCGUACCUAACAGAGACAGAACUUUCAGUGAAUAGAGUCACAAUGAAGAAUACCAUGCAGAUUGCGCGGAUUGACGACAAUGUGAGAGGCUGGAUAUCGUUGAUUCAGGUUGUUGACCAAGGCCCCAUAUUUGUUAGUCAAAGGGAUCCAUCAAUUUCUUACCGUCGGUUUACGUUUGUGGACUCUGAGGGCACACAAGUUGUGGCGUUGGCGUGUAACAAUAAUAUUCGGGAAUCUUCGCCUAUACUACAACUCUAUAAGAGGUACUAUGUCUCCGGGGCUGCCGUAAAGAAAGAAGGCCCAAAAUGCAUGAUUGGGUCUUAUCGGUUCUCAUGGACCAUCACCAACCACACUUUCAUUCAACCUUACGUUCAGGGUGUCGUGGUGCACGCCUUUGGACUGAAAAACAUUGGGAUUGACAUGGUGAACAGAGACAUUGUGUUGGUCAAUCAAGAGAUGGUGCAGAUGAUACUUACUUUAUGGAAUACCUUUGGUGAGGACGAAGGCUCGCAGCUGGCUCAAACCAUUAACGCGGGAAAUGUUGUUGUCUCUAUGCGAGUGAAAGUCACAUCGUUCCAUGGCCUUUCGUUGUCUACUAGAGCGGCGAGCUCUAUUCUUAUCAAUCCACCAACACCUGCUACUGCCAACCUAAAACAGUGGUGGGUAAUUUUAGAUU